AUGAAACUUCUCACAGCGGUAUUGCUACUGCUGGUAGCUGUCAGUUCAAAGGCACAGGGCAGCAGCUCUACUGUAAUACCAAGUACAGUACCAAGCCCAACUGGAGACACUUCUCAAGCGACUACAGUAACCGGAGCAUCUUCGGAUAGUACUGGAUCAACAGGCUCGUCUGCAGCACCAGGAAGUACUGUAACAGAUGGAUCUAAUACCGGAAGCACUGCUCCAGUGCCAUCAACAACUCCAACGCCAAUGAAAUUUUCAACAUUCCCAGUUUCAAACGAUGUGAGCGUACUUGAUGCAAAACUAAUUCUUCAACAAGCCGUUCAACUAGACCAACAAAUCAAUGAAUUGAAUACGUUUUUGAUCAACGCACAAGCGGACACAAAUCCAAACAACUCUCCACUUUUUGCUCAAUUAACUGCUUUUUCAAACAACAUAACCUCUCAAAACGCCACGUUGCAAGGAUAUAUCACUAAACUCAAUGCCCUAACUGCUACUCAAGCCUCGAUCAACACCCGUCUCGAUUCAGCAACUAACACGUUUGUCUGUUUCUCCCAAUCAAGCUGUGUUACUGAUGUUCCGACCACGCCAGAGCCCACUUCACCAGGGUCAACUCCAGCUGUCACUGAAUGCACAAACACUACUCUUACUGCAACAUUGGACACACCACAGACACAUCCUCAGCCGUCAACUCAGAAUGCUGCUCAAUGUGUUGUCAGCGUGAAAGCCUAUACGAGCACUAAUAACGUUAAUAUUACUAUAAGUGCUUCAUUCACUGGAAAUGAUGCUUUCGUGAAAUUAGUGGAAACAAGAACGCAGGAAAGUGUAACUAUUAAUGGAACAGUAUCAAACUACACGUUCUCCGGUUUCCAACAAGUUGAUGUUUAUUACUACUCGGGACCACGAUCGACUGUUCAGUUCAACUUUGAUUAUGUCGAAGUGAACAACUGUAAGCUCAACUGUACCGGGGAUAAUGGAAAGUGCAUAGUUAGUCAGUCUGGCCAGCAGUACUGUGAAUGCAAAAAGUGCGAAUUUAGUGGAACAAAUUGUGAAACCACUUUACCUGAUCCGUGUCAAUCAAAACAAAAACGCGCAUGUGGGCAAAACGCUCUAUCACCAUACGGAGUAUGCUACAAAAACAUUUGCUCUGAUCAAUGCUUUUCCUGUGCUUGUUCUCCCGGAGCAAAGAGUCCUCCCGAUCAAAGCUGUCCAAAGCCUAGUCCUACCGACCCAACACCCGUUCCACCGGUUGCUCCAACACCACCAUCUGUAUGCCCUACAACUGUUGCUCCGACAACCACCCCAGCUCUUCUGACAUCUACUAUUGCACCGACUGCAGACGUUACUUCCGCUACUAAUGCAGCUGGAUCAACCGGAGCAACCGGCUCUUCAGCUACUGGAAGCACUGUCACCUCAGACGUUGCUUCUUCUUCUGCUACUGGAGGAAGCUCCACCAAUGCAACAGAUACGACCCAAUCAUCAACAGACGCAAGUACUGUAUCAACAUCUUCAACUUCUUAAAAUGCCAGUGAAGAAUGAUUCAAUUAACACUUAUAAUUCACAGAA